CCAGGAAAAUGUAUUCACAUUUUGACUCUCAGUUAAGAACUCGAGCGAGAACGUCACUUGAGCUUUCAUUUUGUUGACGGUUGUUUUCGAGUUCACUGCAUCUGUGUAUCGAAACGCUUCCCAAGAACGUGUUGUGUAGUAGUUAAUGCAACCAGACGAAAAAGUCAUAAUAAGUGUUUAAAUCAUAAUCUUUUAAGCAGUUUCAUAUAAUUGAUAUUUUUCGAGGGUUUUACAUCUUUGGACGUUUGUAUUCGGUGUCAUCCAUAUUUCAAGUUUUAUAAGCAGAUAUGGCACAGAAUGGAAAGUCAAGAUUUACCUUGAAGAAGUCACCCCUGCAAAUGGUGCCCCUACACUUGAUGUCCUGUUAGUUCACAGCGGUACAUGCUCAUCGGCUGACUGGGUCAAGAUUCGAACCGUGUACCACCUGGCGAACUGGGGAUAUAGAGCGGUAGCUAUAGAUUUGCCAGGCAAAGGCAAAAGUCCAAGCGCUAUUGACAAAAAUCUUUUCGGCGACUUUGUGUCGGCUCUCGUCGACUCCCUGACGUUAAAGAAUGCCGUGUUCAUCACGCCCUCGUCCGGCGGGAGGUACACCCAGCCCUACCUGUUCAACAACCCGGCCACAAGUACCGAGAGGGCUGUUGGGUUUGUGCCCAUAGCGCCAGCGGACACCGGUCUGUACGCCCCCAAGUUCAAGGACAGCCAGGUUCCAACUCUCAUUCUGUACGGCUCCAAGGACCCGCGAGGGCCUACAUCUCAGAACGAUCUCGUCGGACUGACAAACCACAAGAUCGCCGUUCUCGAGGAUGCAGACCACGCCUGCUACUUAGAGAAGCCAGAUGAAUUCCACAAAGUUUUAUACAACUGGCUGAAAGACCUUAGGAAAUGAACACAGAUUUCAGCUCUGAAUUCAAAACUCAAAAUUAAUCACCCCCCCAACACACAAACACAGUUUUCCCCCUUCUUCAAACAUUAUAGCUUAUUGACACUAGAUCUAGGUGACAAAUAUUUCCACGAGCCAAUGCCAAACAAUUAUUGUUUGAAGGUACCGGGGUAGUGUUAUCAUGGAACAGUCUGAUCAUACUUGAUUUUUACAUCUUUUUUUUUUUUAUUGUUUGAUUUUGUUCUUUUACAUAAUUCCAAGGGCUGAUGAUCGGUUAAAGGAAGAAACAGAAAUAAAGAAAUUCAAAAGUGCGUUUUAGUUUUGAAAUUGUCACAUCUUGUACAUUGAUUCAAUUUGGCAAACAAUGGUGUAAUUUAAAUUAGGUUGUGACAUACCAUCAUGUUGAUACUGUACACAGGGCUCCCAAGCAAGAGCCACUCCACAGCAAGAUUUUAAAAUACAUUCUAGAUCAGGCAUGGGCAAGCGCGUCUCGGGCUGGAUUAAGAGAUUCCGAAUAUCUCGCAGUAGUCGCAAGCAGUCCAGAGUGCAGUAUAGAUUAUCCUAUGAUUUAUUGUUUUGGUAAGUGUUUUACGGCAUUUGUAACACAAUACGUUCGUAUAAGAUUAGAGAUGUUACGAGAAAGUAACAAACACAAAAGAGGAGGGGAGAUAAGGGACGAUUAUUUGAUAGGAAAGAAGGAGCAGACCACACCAGAGCACCCGCCAACCACUCACGUAGAUUAUCUAGGCCUGACUGCUCGCGGGCCAGAGAAGGAAAAAUUUAGGUGAAAUUGAUUGAAAUAGCCAAGCUCUCAAACGUGAAACUAGAGAGUUAUUAUGAGCAUCAUGUUUUUUCAAUCAAGGGCAUUCUUUUGACAUAAAGUAUCAGUUCUGUUGCUUCCAUCUGGGCUGGAAUACUAUAGAUAGCUAAAAAUUGCACUUGAAUUGCUAUCAGACAUAGUACACGGCCCCAGUUUGUUGAUCUUUAUGCGCUAUAUAAAUAAGUAACUGUUUUCUGCUUUGAUGGAACAUGUACUCCUUAAUUCAGAAUCUUGAGAGUUGCUGUUGAGAAAAGUUCAGUGGAAUAAUGUAAGUACGCCGGGGUUUUUUCACGAACGUUUUGAAUUCACAAUUUGAUUUCCUUAGGGUCAUUUAUUCCAAUACUGUUGGCCUCGCACUUCAUUUAACAUUUUGAUAACGACUUGAAUUUGCGAAUUUCUUUUAACAUCGCGAAAUUGCGAAUUCAAGUCAUCCACGAAAGAACAACCCCCCAC